AUGUACCUCUCGUGGUUCCAGUCCGCAGCGGCCCUUGUUCUACUGAUUGUACCCCCUACUCUCGCUGGUCCUCAAAAUUACUACAUCGAUCCAUCAUGCUCCUCAUUCGAUGGAUUCGACGACACCGUCGCUGAAGCUUACGACAUGGCAAGAACGACAGUUUCGAAAAUGCAAGCGAAUGCGGAUGUCGGCAUGCAGCGUGCUUUCAAGAUGCUGUUCAAGGAUCAGAACAGGAGCCUUGUACAAGGUCGUCUCGCAGCUAUCGGAGCAUUCACCGCAGAUAAAAAAGUCGAUGACCCCUCUCAAGCGGCCAUCAUCUUCUCCUGUGAUAACGACGCAAGCUGGGAGCAAAUCACGGAUGGCGAUCGUAAGAACCAAUGGAAGAACACAAAGUACCACAUGCGAUAUACUGGUGGUAGCGUUAGCUGCUUGAGGGAGGACCCAGCUUUGCAGCAUACCAACGACAAUUACGUACCGGCUGUCGGUAAAGACGACAAGGAACAUGAGGACUGGAUGGACGAAGGCUGGCAAGAGCCACGUGCGCUCAUCACCGUAUGUGAUCGAAUGAAAAAAAGCUACACGCGCUUCGCAAACCUCCAGAAAUACGAGGCAAAGCUCUUGACCAAACAAGCCGACAACUCAGGCAACGAGGUCCAGCUCAAAAUCGUCAAUGCCCCUCUGACGAGCCGCACUCUACUACAUGAGAUGUUCCACACCACUGUCGGUGGAGAAAAAUUAAAAGAUAAAUACGACGGCAUCAAUGGAGGCAAGAAGGUUUAUUUCUACCAGAACGUUAUCAAACUCGCUGCUGCAGAUCAGGUCAAGUUCCCCGACGCUUUUGCGUUCUUUGGUAAGAUGCAAGAGGUGCCAUCACAUAUCCACACUAACCUGUACACAGCCCAACUCUCGUCGAUGAAGGUCUAUCAAUUGGGUUCAAGCGACGAGGAGCAGCAGGCUGGUGAUGUUGAAAAGAGACCUGAAGCACUAAAGAGGCUCAGGCGGUUCCUGGCCAAGUGUCGUAGUCGACUAAUCGGGCGUUCAGAUCCAGAUUGCAAAGCGGUUCUUUAG